GAGACGCGAGACGCCUCACAGUCCCGAUCGAGACGCGUCUCCAGGUGCCGAGAGCAGAGAGCAGGAGAAUCUCCCCCGGAACCAACUCCAAACAAGCGGAGUGUUUUUGUGCUAUUUUCCCUCUUUACGGAUCACAUAAACAAACUCAUUCCGUCCAACAUGCCGGUGGAAAGGAUGAGGAUGAAGCCGUGGAUCGAGAAGAAGAUCGAGUCCAACUCCAUCUCGGGCCUGAGCUGGGUGGACAAGGAUAAGAAGAUAUUCUCCAUCCCCUGGAAGCACGCAGCUCGCCACGGCUGGGAGAUGGAGAAGGACGCCGUCCUGUUCAAACAGUGGGCCAUCCACACAGGGAAACACGUGGAGGGCCAGGAGUGUGACCCAAAGACGUGGAAAGCAAACUUCCGCUGUGCGAUGAACUCGCUGCCCGACAUCGAGGAGGUGAAAGAAAAGAGCGUCCACAAAGGCCACCAAGCUGUGCGCGUGUUCCGGAUGCUGCCCGCCACCCCCAAAUCUAGAGAUAAACGAUGCAAAGCAAAGGAAACAAAGGCCAGGAGGAAGAACUCAAGGAUCAAGAAGGAGGAAGACGAGGAGUACAGCGACGUCGUCAUGCACGAGUCGAUGCAGCAGAGCGCCCCGUCCACUCAGGAGAACACGGUGGACAGCACGGUGCCCACUGACACGCUAGUUUUCCCCCUUUGGCCGCUGUCCGAAGUCCCCGACUGGAGUUGCUCGUUGGAAAUCGAGUCGGCCUUUCCAAACUACUGCAGCCACCAAUUCGAAGUGUCCCCCGAGCACAGCUCCGACUACGACUACACCGAGAACAUUGUCCAGAUUUGUCAGCAACUAGAGAAAGACCCACACUGCAGGAUGGGGAGCUUGGACGGCACAGGGUUCCUGAGCAAUGAAGCAUGCACCAGUCCAGGCAGCCACUGGAGUGAAUCGUCCUCAGUCGACGAGCUAGAGGAGACGCCGCAGUACCUGACCCUGGGCACGGACAUGGCGCCGGCCACGGACAACAUAUGGAGGAGCUUUCAGCAGUCGUGAGGGGUCUUCAGCAGAAGGGACAGAAGCGCGCUGUUUGAUACUCAAGGACUUUUAAAAAAAAAAAGAGCUCACCCUGUCCUCCCAAUCGUCCCCGCUGACUGAGGCCGCGUGGUCGAGCGGAGUGCGCCGUGGAGCGGUCGCCGUCCGGACCCUCGGUCCGAAGUCUCCGCCGCAGCAGAGGGACGCUCUCUGCGCACUUCUGAUGUUUUUGGCUGGUUCAAGGCAUUUCUGAUACUCGGUCUCUCUACAUAGCGAUUGGUUGUAUAUUAUGCUCAUACUUACCUGCCGGGUGGACGUUUUACUUUACUUUACAUUACAUUGGACGUUUUACCCCCCAAUACAGAUACAAGCUACAUAAUCGGUGCGCUAGUCGUCAUAUAGUCUGGUAGUAACACACAUGGUAUCGUUUCUUUCUGUUUUGUGUACAUACGUUUUAGUUUAGUUCAGAAAAGCUUCUUAACUUCUGGUAAAAGCUGCACUUCAGUCAAUAUAUGUAUAUAAAAAGGUUUCUGUCUGUUUGUGGUUUUGUAAAAUAAAUCAAAAUGUGAACAAA